GCGUCCAUGGGUAGCCGUCCUGUUGGUUUUAUUCCAGUGGACCUUCGAUUGAAUCCCUCUUGCUGGAGAAGGGGGUUUAUUUAUGACUGAGAUGGGUGUUCCUCGCAAUGAACACGGUCCGGAAAAGGACCGUUCGUUUGGACUGUGGAAACCCUGCCACGAGAAAGCAUCAACCUAGCCGAUCAUUUCUUGGCCGUCAAGAGGGAGGGCUCUUCCUCCUUCCUCCCACGGUUGCGUCAAGAGAGUCCGCAUACACUAUCGACUGAGAUCUUCUUAUCAUUUUCUCCAUUCUCCUCGUUGAACGGCAAUUCAACGAUGGACCGCAGAUGGUCCAGCAGGACGACGUGGGGCAAUCCAGACAGACGGAAGAGAGAAGAGGACGAGGUACAUGAAGCUCUCCUUCUUGAUGACCUUGUGGAGGAGUUUCGCCUGCCUAUUUCUCACAGGCCUACUGAAAAUCUUGAUAUUGAUAAUAUUGAGCAAGCAUCUCUGGAUACACAACUAACAUCAUCUAAUAUAGGAUUCAGGCUUCUACAGAAGAUGGGAUGGAAAGGGAAGGGCCUCGGCAAAGAUGAGCAAGGGAUAGUAGAACCAAUAAGAGCUGGAAUAAGAGAUCCCAAAUUGGGUGUAGGAAAACAAGAGCAAGAUGAUUUUUUUACUGCUGAAGAAAAUGUCCAGCGCAAAAAGCUUGAGGUUGAAAUGGAAGAAACUGAGGAACAUGUAAAGAAGCGUGAGGUUGUAGCAGAACGUGAGCAGAAAAUCCAAACUGAGGUGAAGGAAAUACGUAAGGUAUUCUUCUGUGAACUUUGCAACAAGCAGUACAAACUGGCGAUGGAGUUUGAGGUUCAUUUGAGUUCAUAUGACCACAAUCACAGAAAGCGUUUCAAAGAAAUGAGGGAAUUACAUGGUAGCAGUAGUCGUGAUGAUAGACUGAAACGUGAGCAGCAGCGUCAGGAAAGAGAAAUGGCCAAAUAUGCUCAAUUAGCCGAUGCACAAAAGCAGCAGCAAGAAAACUCUGAAGCUUCUUCAGCAGCUGCCCUUUCAAGAAGUGCCACUUCUCUAUCAUUUCAGGAACAGCGACAGGCUUUGAAGUUUGGCUUUUCUUCCAAGGCGCCUACUUCCAAGGCCAUUACAGGUUGAGACAGAGGCAUCGGACUUCAUUAUAGGCGCAGUGUUGAGUCAGGAAGAUUCAGGUCCAAAUCUGCUUAUAAGAGAGAACUCGUAGCAGUAGUACUAGCGGAGAGGAAAUGGCACCAUUAUCUCAUUGGCAAGAAGUUCCAUAUUUUUACCGAUCAUAGCAGCCUUAAGCACUGUAUGCAGCAGCGAACCCACACGCCUGCCCAACAAAAAUGGAUAAUGAAGCUUAUGGGAUAUGAUUUCGACAUCUUUUACAAGAAGGGUUCAGACAAACUUGUGGCUGAUGGACUGUCAAGGAGGUUUGAUCUUGAUCACAUGGGUGAAAAUCAUGAGAACCUCUUGCAGCUCAUAUCCCAACCUAUUCUGGACAUCUGGCAUCAGUUGGAAGAAGCACAUAGGCAGGCUAUGUCAGUGCAAGAAAUAAGGAGGCUGGAAUCUACAUCGCUGCAAAUGUAUGGAUACACUUGGCGACCUCCCUAUCUCUUCUAUCAGAAUCGCAUCUUUGUUCCACUGGAAGAAGGCCUAACCAAAACACUGCUGGAUGAGUUUCAUGAUGCUAAGGAAGCUGGGCACCAGGGAAUGGAGAACACUUACUCAAGGAUACAACACACUUUUUGUUGGCCAGGGAUGAAGUGGGACAUCAACAAUUAUGUGUGUGCAUGUCCUCUAUGCCAACUGUAUAAAUACAAAACUCUCAAACCCGCUGGCCUCCUUCAACCCUUACCAAUCCCAGCCAAGUAUGGGAGGACCUUUCUAUGGAUUUCAUAGAAGGAUUGCCUAAGUGAAGGGGUAAAUCUGUUAUUCUGGUUGUUGUUGACAGAUUGUCUAAAUACGGUCAUUUUAUGGCCCUUGCUCACCCAUUUUCCGCCAAGGAUGUUGCCAAGAUCUUCCAAGACAACAUUGCGAAACUACAUGGCAUGCCAUUUGUCAGCGAUUGGGAUCCUUUCUUCCUUAGUCAAUUUUGGCAAAGCUACUUCACCCUGCAAGGCACAAAUCUGAAGAUGAGUAUAGAGCCUACCAUCCUCAAACGGAUGGGCAGACUGAGACAUUAAAUAGCGUCUUGGAAACAUAUUUACGUUGUUACGCAGAGCUGCAGACACACAAUUGGGUGGAUUACCUUUCAUGGACGGAGUUUGUACACAACAUGGCUCAGUAUUCAGCCACUAAAAUCUCCCCUUUUGAGGUGGUUUAUGGGCGACCACCCUCUGAUCUCCGUCGCUUUCAUCCUCACGUUGAGCAACUCAGUGAAAUGGAGGUUCAGUUACUUGCUAGGGACCAGGUUUUAAGCAUCAUCAAGGAUAGAUUGGCUGCUGCUCAGAACAGGAUGGUUCAGCAGCACGAUAAACACUGACGAGACAAAGAAUAUCAGAGGGUGAUUUAGUUCUUUUGAAAAAUUCCCCCCCUCGAAAGGUACACAGCAGAGCAGCAGCCAUACACAAACUGUCUGCUAAAUUUUCUGGACCCUUUCGGAAUUUAGACAGAAUUGGCAUGGUUGCAUACAGGCUCAGCUUCUGGCAGGCACCUCGAUGCAUCCCAUGUUCCAUGUGUCCCGCCUCCCAUCCAUACAAACAAUUCCACUCCCUCGAGCAGCAUAUUCUGAAUUCACUCCAUUUCAUGUUAAGCAUAAGAUCCCAGCUCGCAAGUCCAAGAAUUCCAAGAAGCAGUGGCUUAUAGAGUGGACUGGGCCUGAUGCUACAGCACCCAACUGGGAGGACUGGGUAUUUGGAAAUGUAGUUAUCGAAGUCAGUAGCGUCAUAUAGUAAAUAAUGUCGGGUCGGAUCCUUUAUAAAUCGAUCUCCCCAUCUUACAGCUACUAUAUUACUGAUUAAUGCAAAGACAGGUUUAGGGUUGGUUAACCCUAGAAGGCAGUGUGCAUGAGUGUGUUAAGCUCUGUUAGUGUUUCUUAUUUGCAUUUUAGUGGAGGUAGCUGCCACCAGCUACCACUCUUGCUGUGCGUCCUUGUGAUAUUCCAACAAAACACCUUUUGUGAAAGUGUGGAUGCUGAGGAUGCAAUAACUGCUUAGUCAUGCUUCAUCUACUACACAUUGGAUUUUUUACAUAUGUAACAAUCAAGUACCUGCAUCUUUGUCAUCCUUCAAAUGGAUAGACAGGUCAUAACUUUUGGUAGAGGGAAUAAAGUUUGCCUUUUCUAGGUCCGCAAUUGGCAUUUAACUUUUCAAGCACUAAUUGAGGAGAAAAUUGGUGGACAACAUGGAGCGAGAACCAUGAGAUAUAUGUCAAAGAAAUUAAGAGGACACGUAAAGGGAAAAGAGAUUCAGGAUGGUAGCCACUUUGUAUGAAUGUGUAUUCUAUUCUUGUAUAUGUGUAAUGUUUGUACGUGCAUUUUAUCGGGAAACUGAUACUGUUGGUGGUUUCUACUUUUGAGUGUUCUUUUUGCCUGUACAACACUCAACCUUUUUGCUUGACCGGUUGAAAUGGCCAUCAAUCCUCUAUUCAGAUGGUUAUGGUAAUGCUUAGGUCAUUGACCAGAUUUUGACUUCUAAUAUUUCAUAAUUUGUCAUUGGUUGUGUGGCAUCAUGACAGUUUUUUAUUUUAAACUUGUCUUUUGUUAUUUGCUUUAUCAUGAAAUGACUUUUCAAGGUAGCAUCUAAAAUCUAUGUAACACGACUCAUUAAAUGAAACCUUGAGAUCUCUACUAGCAUUUGAUGUGUUGCAUUGUAAUCAGCAUACCGUCAUAGCUUACUAAAUAGGCAGAUAUUUUUUUCCCCUUAAUUAUAAAA